CCAUUGACCUCGCCUGUCACCUCCCCCUCCGUCUCAAUCACUCAAUUUUCCGCUUCCUGCGCCUCCUGUCACUCCUUUGCAUUGAGACUGCACUCUGGUGCUGAUCCGCUACUCCUAACGGCCAACCACUCACAUCAUCUACACUCAUCGACUCCCUAUAAUCUCGACAAACAAAUCUAG